AUGCGUCACACAUGCCGCGGCACAAUCAACCUCGCCACGGCCAACAUUUCUGUAGAGGACUCCUGUAACUUUGUGAUCUCCAAUGGAGGAGCCCAGACCUACCAUCUAAAAGCCAGCUCAGAAGUGGAGCGUCAGAGGUGGAUCACGGCUUUAGAACUGGCUAAGGCCCGGGCGGUGAAGAUGCAGGCAGAGUCAGAUGAUUCUGGCGAUGAGGACCCCAGUUCUCAGGCGGACAAGGCAGAGAUUCACAGUACACUUCGGGCUCUAUCAGGGAAGGUGGAAGACCUGGGCACGUGCAAUGAUCUCAUUGCAAAGCACGGCACUGCUUUGCAGCGCUCUCUGAGUGAACUGGAGAGUCUUCGCCUUCCUCAAGACAGUUCAGACAAGAUCAAACAGGUCAACGAGAGAGCGACUCUCUUCCGGAUCACCUCUAAUGCUAUGAUAAAUGCCUGCAGAGACUUCAUGACCCUUGCGGAGAGCCACAGUAAGCGCUGGCAGAGAGCUCUGCAAUAUGAGCGAGAUCAGCGGCUGCGCCUGGAGGAGACGCUAGAGCAGUUGGCAAAGCAACACAACCACCUGGAACGGGUAUUCCGCGGGGCCACUGUACUGCCAGCUGAGAGUCGCCCUGGGGUCCCUAAAGACCCCUGCGGGACAGGGAAAGGAGACCUCAGCGAUGAAGAUGACGAAAAUGAGUUCUUUGAUGCUCCGGAAAUCAUCAGCAGUCCUUCCCAGGAUGGUCUUGGGCAUAAGCGAUCUGGUAGUUCAACAUAAGUGCAGCGAGCUGCGACAUCCAAUGGAGGAGCAGGCUCGCCCACCUUCAGAAGACACAAGGAAGGAGAGACGCACAAGAAUUCCACAUAAACCCAACUACAGCCUUAACCUAUGGAGUGUAAUGAAGAACUGCAUUGGAAAGGAGCUCAGCAAGAUACCAAUGCCUGUAAACUUCAACGAGCCACUCUCAAUGCUUCAGCGUCUGACCGAGGACCUGGAAUACUACCACCUGCUGGACCGGGGGGCUCAAUGUGAGAGUGCUCUUGAACAACUGUGUCUAGUGGCUGCUUUUACUGUAUCCUCAUACUCCACCACCGUCUUCCGUGUCAGCAAACCCUUCAACCCACUGCUUGGAGAGACCUUUGAGCUGGAUCGAAUGGAAGACUGUGGCUACCGCUCGCUGUGUGAGCAGGUCAGCCAUCACCCCCCUGCUGCAGCACACCAUGCAGACUCUCGUCAUGGAUGGACCCUGCGGCAGGAGAUCAAGAUCACAAGCAAGUUCAGAGGGAAAUACCUCUCCAUCAUGCCCCUCGGUACCAUACACUGUAUAUUUCACAACUCUGGGAACCAUUACACAUGGAAGAAAGUGACCACAACUGUUCACAAUAUCAUUGUAGGAAAAUUAUGGAUUGACCAGUCAGGGGAGAUAGAGAUUGUAAAUCACAAGACGGGAGAUAAGUGUAAGCUUAAGUUUGCUCCUUACAGCUACUUCUCCCGGGACAUAGCCCGUAAGGUGACUGGGGAGGUGAUGGACGCAAGUGGGCGCUUGCACUACACUCUAAUGGGGACGUGGGAUGAGAGGAUGGAGUGCUCACCUGUAUCUUCUAGCAGUAAUUUUGAGAAUGGAGGGGACCGGGCCCCAGAGAGCAAGACACUGCUAUGGAGGAGAAAUCCAUUACCGAAGAAUGCAGAGUAUAUGUAUUACUUUUCGGAGCUUGCUCUCUCACUGAAUGCUCUAGAGGAAGGCGUCGCUAUGUCAGAUAGCCGCCUGCGUCCUGAUCAGAGGCUGAUGGAGAAUGGCAACUGGGAUGAGGCCAAUCUAGAGAAACAGAGACUGGAGGAAAAGCAGAGGACUGCAAGGCGGAAGAGAGAAGCAGACAGAGAGAGGGCUGGAGAAAGUGAUUCUCCAGUGGAUCCCUACAAACCACUGUGGUUUGACCGCAAGAUGGAUCCUGUGACCAAGGAAAUGACACACAUCUACCGCGGCACUUACUGGGAUGCUAAAGAACGGCAGGAUUGGAAUGCCUGCCCAGAUAUCUUUUAA